AUGCUCCGUGAGCUUUUCCUUCUUUGCACUUUGGCAUUUUUGGCGGCCGCCUCCGACAGUUGCGAGGACUGUCUUGCCAGUGGGAAACAGUUGGUUUUGACCCUUUUCAGUAGGAUUUUAAGGCUUUUUUCUCGAAAACUAAUGCGCUCUAGAGCUCCUUAAUUACAAACAAAUUCUUUAAAUAAAAUUUAUUGGCUUAUUAAUGAUUUUUGUUAAGAAUGAAGCCUCUUUCUAUAGCCUAUGUAUCACUACUUGGAAUUUCACGGAACGACAUUCCGCUGUGCCGCUGCGCGCCUUUGCCAACCUUGGUCGCGUUUUUCACUUUUUUUUUCUUUUAUUAAGGUACUCUACUUUCAUGUGUUCUCACAGCAAUGAAAAUCAAUUGAAAGCGUGACCUAGAUUCGAAAGACGCUUCGCGAACGCACGCAGCGGAACAGCGGAAUGUCGUUCCGUGAAAUUUCAAGUCGUGGCACACAUACUAUAUUUGCAAUUCUUUUUUGAAGAGUACUUUGGAUUUCAAAAAGUCUUUUCUUAAAAUUUUGGAACCCUUUGAAAUUGGCAAGAAUAAUCUUGUAAGUUAUUUUUUUGAAAGAAAAAAAUUGAAAAAUUUCAGUUUUUUUGUACGGCUGUCAACAAGUGCGACUUCUCCCCAUGUAUCUCAACUAUUACGGUCGGUUUUUUUUCGGAUUUUAUUCAUUUGUUCAGCCAAAAAAAUAUUAUUUUUGAAUUUUAGCGCUUGGACAACAGAUUAAUCAAAAAUCAUGGGAGUUCUCACGAAUUUGAAUCGUUUGGGAAGUCUGAAAAAAAGUCGGAUAAUUGCCUAACUACUCGAAAUUUUCGUAAUUCACAAGCUUCUGUUAUAAAGUUCUGACAUAUUUUUUGAAAAAACUGAAGAUCAAUUUUGAAGAGGGCAAUAAACUGCCCGAAACUGCCCGAUCCAACUUUUGGUUAUGAUGACAUGGUCGCCAGAACCAAAUGGCUUCCGUUGAUCGCCGCCGGAGAAAGCAACGGACAUCCCGAAAAAUGCCUGGCGUUAGUUUCGAAUCGUCGCGAAAUGGCACGAAAUUCCUAUUUUCCAGAAGUCAAUGGCCCACGAUGACACUGUACAACACGGUCACCGUCAAUUGCUCGACUUAUGGAAAAG